AAGACUUAUCAGACCAUCUCUAGCGUGAGCCAGCCGCGGGUGUUUGUAUCGUUGUUAUCGAUAGGCCCGUGCGGAAGAAAAUAAAAAGAUUUUAGCUGGCAAUUCGAGUCGAAAAUAAUUGAAAAAUGCAGACGCAAACGUACAAGCUGGUCGUCGUCGGUGGCGGCGGCGUGGGAAAGUCAGCCAUAACGAUACAAUUCAUACAGAGCUACUUUGUCACAGACUACGAUCCCACCAUCGAGGAUUCGUACACGAAACAAUGCAUCAUCGACGAUGUGCUAGCCAAAUUGGACAUUUUGGAUACGGCUGGCCAGGAGGAGUUCAGUGCCAUGCGCGAGCAGUAUAUGCGCUCCGGCGAGGGCUUCCUGCUUGUAUUCUCGCUCAACGAUCAUUCCAGCUUCGAUGAGAUACCAAAGUUUCAGCGCCAGAUAUUGCGAGUGAAGGAUCGCGACGAGUUCCCCAUGCUGAUGGUCGGCAACAAGUGCGAUCUGGAGCACCAGCGGCAGGUGGGCCUGGAGGAGGCCCAAAACACGAGCAGAAACCUGAUGAUGCCCUACAUCGAGUGCAGUGCAAAGCUGCGCGUCAAUGUCGAUCAGGCCUUCCAUGAGCUGGUGCGAAUUGUGCGCAAAUUUCAGAUUGCCGAGCGGCCCUUCAUCGAGGAGGGAUACAAGAAGAAGGGCAAGAGGAAGUGCUGCAUGAUGUAAGGUGAACAGCUUAAGCAGCGGCAACACCAGCAACAAUUUAACGAGUAUAACACCAAAUUUUAAACACGCGUCGACUGAGCUAUAAGAAGAUCCGUUGAGAAGACGAUAAACCCAAAAAACAACCAGUAAUCAGUAAAGCCAACAAAAUGUAACCCCGUAACACGUAACCAGUAAGGCAGUCCCCCAAAACGAAGUGCAUUUCUUAUCUGCCCAAAAAACGAACGAAUCGAAUAAGCUUCUCGCCCAACAAUGAAACUCAAAAUAUGCGUCUCCAAGCGACACAGAAAUGACACAUGCCCACGCCCAAGCCGAAGCCCAUUGCAUAUUAUAAAGAAAGAUAUAUACAACGCCAGAUGCAGACACACAAACAAACACGAAUAACAUAUAUAUAUAUUAUAUAUUUUCUAC